CCACUUUCCUUGAGUCACUUACCAAGUAAUAACUUUUUCAUUUCGAAAUCGUUAUUCCGUAACGUCGACACACUCAAGGAGACAUUACCAAUGCAAAUGGGUGUUGGCCGAAGAGGACACGCACCAGGUGUAUGAAAGUCAUGACUCGCUUCCGCCCCUGCAUCGACCUGCACGCGGGCCAGGUCAAGCAGAUCGUAGGCGGAACUCUCAGCACCAUCGAGUCAGAUCUCAAGACGAAUUAUGUAUCUAGCCAUCCGGCAGGGUACUUUGCCCAAUUGUACCGCGACUCCAACCUGUUGGGCGCACACGUGAUCAUGCUGGGCCCAGGCAAUGACUCUGCGGCCAAAGAAGCGCUCGCGGCAUGGCCAGGACAUUUACAAAUUGGAGGCGGGAUUACUGAUGCCAAUGCGAGGGAAUGGAUUGAUGCUGGUGCCGAAAGGGUGAUCAUCACUUCGUUUCUUUUUCCCAUUGGCCGGUUCUCUCUAGACCGGCUAAAGAGUGUUCUUGCAAGCUUGGACAACGACACGUCGAAACUCGUCAUCGAUCUAAGUUGUAGACGAAAGGGGGAAACGUGGUUCGUUGCUAUGAACAAGUGGCAGACCAUCACCGAGAUGGAGAUUACUAAGGAAAGUAUCACAAUGCUUGAGCCGUAUUGCUCAGAAUUUCUUAUCCAUGCCGCCGACAAUGAGGGUUUGCAACAGGGUAUCGACACCGAGCUUGUGUCUAGGUUGGCCGAAUGGUGCAACAUACCCGUCGCCUACGCUGGGGGUGCCAGGACGGUGGAAGAUCUGAACCUGGUCAAGCAGUGCAGUCGCGGCAAAGUCGAUUUGACUAUCGGCAGUGCAUUGGACGUCUUUGGCGGGACUGGCGCCAAGUUUGAGGAUUGCGUGACGUGGAAUCGGGACAAUGCAAAUUGAGUACAAGUCAUCAUCCCAAGAUCUGGCCAUUUACUUCUUGCUUCUUGCUUCUUGUGCGAACCUCUUUCAGUCGAUUGAAUU